AUGGCCGAGAAGAAAAGAAACCCCUAUAAUGUGGCCAUUGUGCUCUUUGUGGCCUUUGGCUCCCUGGCCUUUGGCUACUCCGUCGGCAUCAUCUCCACGACCCUUGCACAGCCCUCGUUCAUUUCCUACUUCCAGCUCGACACGCGCUCUAAUCGCGCGGCCGUUGAGGGCGCCAUGAGUGGUCUCUACACGGCCGGUGGUCUGGUGGGCGCCUUGUCGUCCUCCCUGCUGGCCGACCGGUUUGGCCGCAAACGUGUGAUUUUUGGUGCUUCAAUUGUUGCUACGAUCGGUGGCGCUCUUCAGGGUGGCUCGGUCAACCUGGGCAUGUUUAUCUUUGUCCGUUUCGUGUCCGGCUUUGGUGUUGGUCUCAUCCUGGUCCUGAUUCCCAUGUACCAGACAGAGGUCUCUCCCCCGCACUCGCGCGGUCUGAUGGUGGGUCUGCACGGCGCUGUCAUCACCUUUGGCUUUGCCUCCGGCAGUUGGAUUGGAUAUGGCUUUUUUUUCGUCGACGCCAACGGGGCGCAAUGGCGAGUACCGCUUGUCCUCCAAGCCGUACCACCACUUGUCCUCUCCGUUGGUGUCUUGUUCCUGCCUGAAUCUCCCCGGUGGCUGAUUUCGAAAGAUAGAGAUGAUGCAGCCCUCAAGAUUGUCCAGAGAUUGCACCGCGAUGUCGACGAUCCCGAUAAUUCAUUCGCCUAUCGCGAAUAUACGCAGAUCAGACAGCAAUAUGAUAUCGACAAGCAGAAUGACGUUUCUUGGAAGGAGAUGUUCGUGAAGCCGUCGUACCGCAAGCGCAUCAUCAUUGGUUUUACGGUCAUGUUUGCAUCGCAAACAACUGGAACUACGGUUAUAAGCAACUACCAGGGCCUCUUGUAUGGCGCACUAGGAUUCGACGCCAGCAAAACACUCCUGCUAGGAUCAUGCUGGAUUACACUCGCAUUUUUUGGCAACUGCUUCAAUGCUCUAACGCUGGAUCGUAUAGGCCGUGUCCGUGCCCUACAAUGUGGCUGGAUCGGCGACAUCAUUGCAUUGAUUGGCGAGUGUGUCGCCUUCUCCAACUAUCUGGAGACGGGGACCCGUGCUGCAGCAAUUGCUAGUGUUGUAUUCCUCUUCCUUCAUAUCUUUUUCUUCUCCUUUAACGUAGACGCUACUUCAUACGUUUAUGUUUCCGAGAUCUUCCCAACCCAUAUCCGUGCGAAGGGCAUGGCUAUUUCUAUAUCAGGAUAUUUUAUAUCCCUGUUGAUAUACCUUGAAGUGUCACCAACAGCAUUUGGUGCUGUUCAGUGGAAAUUCUACCUGUACUUCCUCUGCACCAUGUGUAUCUUCAUCAUUCCAACAUUUUUCUACUUCCCCGAGACAAAAGGUCUCUCUCUCGAGGAAAUCAAUAGGCUCUUUAAUGACGAGGUAACUGGCGUACACUUGUAUGGCGACAAUGACGAGAAAGGAAACCCCGUGAUUGAGGAGGAAGUUGCCAGUUCCUAA